AUUAUUUCGAGUGUUCGUUCAGCUGGGAGCUGUCCUGACGUGCGGGCCUUGAGUGUUUUUUAGCAGGCGAAUAAGGUGACAUGACAAUGCUUUAGAAAAUGAGUUCGAAAAUUUCGAGAGUCGAGUCCACCACGUCCACCGCGACAAGUGUUUCUAGCAAGAAAACCGGCGAGGAGCAGGAGGCCCGCUCAAUAAAAUGCGUUGUCGUCGGCGACGGCACCGUCGGCAAGACGUCGCUCUUGAUUUCCUACACGUCCAACAGGUUCCCGACUGAAUAUGUUCCGACUAUUUUUGAUAAUUACACCGCCGACGUCAUCAUUGACGGGGAGAACCACAAACUAGGCUUAUUUGACACAGCAGGAGAGGAAGACUAUGAUAAACUGCGGCCGCUGAGCUAUCCAAGAACAGACGUGUUCAUCGCUUGUUUUGCGGUCGAUUCGCCCGAUUCAUUCGCUAAUAUUAAACUAAAAUGGUUGCCCGAGUUGCGGCACUAUUGCCCGGGCACGCCGAUCCUCCUGGUGGGGACCAAGGCCGACCUUAGGAACGAUAUUGAAACAAUCAACCGGCUGCGGGAAAUAAAUAUGGAAGUCGUUUCCAGCGUCGAGGCGCAGGAGGCGCAGAGGAAGAUGCAGUGCUACUACUACUGCGACUGCUCCUCGCUCACUAGGGUCGGGGUGAAGCACGUGUUCGACCAAGCGAUAAAAGCGGCGCUGAAAUUCCGAAAGCGAAGGACGAAGCGGCAGUGUCAAAUAUUGUGACGAGCAAAUUAAAAAAAAAAUAUUAAAAAAACCUGGAGGGUUCCAAUGGACAAAAAAACUGUUUUUGUUUCUUUUCGCCUUUAUUUUAUUAAUUAAGCAUACUUAUGCGCAUGUUCACAUAUUAUGGCCAUGGUUAAUUUAAUUAUAAAGUUAUCAUUAAACUAGUGGGUGGUGGAAUACAUUAUUUUCACAAUUUUUGCAAUAUACACAAUAAUGCUGAUA